CGAAGCGGUCGUUUCAGGACGCUUGCACUGGGCGAACCGUCGGCGAACGCGCCGGCGCCGCCGUCGGCGAUGGAUCACGACGAGGACCGGUCUCUGUCCCUGGGGACGGAGGUGUCGGCCUCCGUGCCCCCGCCGAGCCCGCUCACGGGAUGCUACCUGCUGGCCGUCAUCGGCGAGCCCCACACUCAUGAGCACAAGGAGAUCAUACUGCAGCGGCUCGUCAAAGGGCUACUGUCAUGGGACUCCAACGAGCACCAGGUCGACCUGGAGAAGGAGCUGGCUACCCUCUCGGCACAGGCACCCGAGGGGGAGGAAGCCAGAUAUGGAGAGAGACUCAUUCAGUACGCGUCCGAGAACCUCGUGACGGAGAUCCUGAUUCACCCUCAGAUGAACACGCUGAUGCAGUGCAUGAGGAACCUGCUCAGCUCAUUCACGCGCCACCGCCACCUGGUGCACGCUGGAUACACAUUUGCCGGAAACGGCUCCUGGAUUAUGCAAGACGGGACAUUCUCCCUAUCGGACUUUACUGACGCUUACCAAGAGAACGAGGUGCAGCGCGUGGUACGCGCUUAUGAGAACUCGAUCUCAAUCGACAUCCACUGCUCCACCGGCGGCGGCGAGUGGCACAAGCUGCCAGAGAUGCCCUUCGCCAAACAUUGCAAGAUACGCGUCAACCCCACGGAUAUACUCGACUCUGGCUCUCAGGCCAUCAAGGACUUUAUCUCAUACCUGAACCCCUAUGUGGUGCCAGCCAAUCUGGAACAGCUGCUGGUCUCCAGCGACGUGGUCGGCAACAUACGAUUCAGCCACCCCACUCUAUACGUGUUCCCUGGAGGACAAGGAGAUGCUGCGCUUUUCGGCAUCAACGGAUUUAAUAUGCUAGUGGACGGCGGCUUCUCGCGCAAGGCGUGCUGGUGGGACUUCGCGCGGCACUUGGACCGCUUAGACGCCGUGCUGUUCACCCGCAUCAACAACUGCUCAGUGGCGGGCAUGGCGUCCGUGCUGCACCGCAAAGCCACGGCCAGCGUCUACCCGCAAAUUGGACAUUUCUUUUGCAACCUCGAAGAGCGACGCGCACUGGCCAGCCCGGACGGUGACAAAGACUCAGACCCCCUGCUGGUGUCCCUACUGCAGACCGGCUCCGACAUGAUGACCGACCUCCGGCAUCUGAACCUCAAGCCGCAGCUCUGCUACAGGAGCCCUGAUCCCAUAAACCUAUACCAUAAAGUUGGACAUGGGACAUUGGACAUGUACGUCCUCAAUCCGUCCAAAGAUUCAAAAUAUGUUCGUGAAUUCCUCAAGCGAUGGCAUAAUAGUGAACAAAAAUUAUUCGAAGGAGCCAGUAUAUCGGGACAAUUUAAUUUUCCUAUUCCAAAUUUAGUGUCGAUAUGUGCGCUUUUAGUAUGGAGGCCAGCGAACCCCGACGACACUAUUACUAGAAUAAUGUUCCCAGGAUCGACGCCUCAGCACAAAAUAUUUGAAGGACUAGAAAAGUUAAGACAUUUGGAAUUCCUUCAACAUCCCAGUUACACAGGAAGGCAGAUGUUACCCACAGCUCCGGCAACUACAACGACCACCGUAACAACAUCCGUAAAACCGUCAAAACAACCACUAACAAAAGUCCCUAAAGAAAGAAGUAUUAUUUCUGAAAGGAAAGAUGAAAAGGCUAUUGAUACAGAACCCAUAACGUCUAAAGUAAUUAAAGACGAAACCGAUUCUAAAAAUAUUAUUGACAAUAAAUUAUUAAGCGAACUUGUAGAUGGAUACGAUAAAAAAAUUGAGUCAGUAUUACAUGAAGCUAUUAAUGCUAGAGUAGAUACCAAAUUAGAUGAUAAGUUUGCUCAGUACGAGAGCACGGUGUUAGAUGGUUUACCUAAAAAGAAAGAUUUGAAGAAAAAAGUAACUGAUAAGAAAAGUAAACGUACUGAUAAGACUGAUGAUGUAAAAGAUAAUAUUUUAAAAUCUUCCGAAUUAAAAAAGCCUGAAAUUGAUAAACCAAAAACUGAACUGAGGAAAAAACAUGAAAAAACGAAAACUGAUACGUCGACAACAAUGAUAAAAAGCAAAUUGAGCGCUCGAACAGCAAUGAAAUCAAGUGAUAAAAAAAUAACAACAGCUACUAUUGAUAGAAAAGGGACUCUUGAUGACAAGAAAUCACCUCCUACUACACCGAAAAAAAUAGUAGACAUGAAAGCAGUGCCUACGCCACUACCCGUAAAAGAUAAAGUUAGGGUUAAAACUAGAAAAGUUAGUCCAAGUAGUACACCAGCUAAAAGCACGAAAGAAGCGAAUAAUCGACGAGUGGUUGAAUCUAAAUAUAAACAAGGCUCACCUAAGCGAGAUUUGACUCAAAAAACCCAAGACAAAAAAGAACCAAAAAUAAAGCGAGAACCCAUUUCUCGUAGGCCCAGGCCAAUAGCUUCACCUAUCAAGGGAAUGAAAGCAUUAAAAAGUCCAUCGAAGACAAUGAAAACAAUGAAAGCUGACACAUCUAAGUUAAAAGGUCUGCAGAGGGUUAAUUAUGAAGACAUAUUGAAAGAAGCUAAAAAAUCAGAUGAGGAUACUUCCAAAUCUUUAGAUGAUAUCAAGCAACAAGAAUUGGAUGAAAGAGAAGAACAAGAAAUUGUAAGGGAAAUUGAGGCUGUGUUUAACAGAGACAGUGAAGCAGAAGAAAAAAAUGAAUUUGUUGGGAGAUCGGAUAUAGAAAAAAUAACAUGUUUAAUAGAUGAUGCUAAAACAGAAACAAUUGCUGAUGGAGAUUUCGAAGAAGAAUAUCUCAUAAUAGAAAAAGAAGAAGUUGACCAAUAUACUGAGGAAUCCUUAGCUGAUAAAGAAGGUGUAAUUGAAGUUGAAGGUGAAUUACAUAAACAUAUGAAAGAUAAAGAAGAAUCCGAAAAGAUAAAAACUGAAGAACAUAAGGAUGGUGUAAAAGAGAUAACAAAGACUGAAAUAUUUAUUGAAAAAGAAGCUAAAGGAUCAGAAUCGAAAGAUCAAUCAAUAAGCGUGGAAGAAAAACAAGAUAUCAGCAGUGAAAAGAAAACAUCUGAAACCAAAAGUGGCUUUGCCAAACCGAAAAGUUCUCUUGAGAAUAUAGUUCAAGAAUCACAUCCAGAUGAAAAAAUAUCAACAACUAUUGAGUCAGGUGCAACUACAGCACCAACGCUUCCUGAAGAUGAACGCAUUCCUCUAGAUGAUAUCAAAGAAGAUUAUCAAGUCGAAGAAAAACAUAUAAAAGAAGAUACAAAAGAAAUCAUGCAUCAACAAGCGCUCAUUGGUUUCCACAGACCGGUUUCCAUUGAAAAAAGUCCUAAAAAAGAACCGCAACCAACGCCCAUACGAGAAAUCGUUAAAACUCCAGAUGAAGUUGCUGAUUUACCCUUACACGAAGAAGUUGACUACCGAAUCUAUGAUGAGAAAAAAACCCCCGGGGAAGAGGAUUAUAAAGGAAAACAUGAUAUUGGGUUUCAGCAUGGAAUAAAAGUACCGAAUGAUUUGCCACUUUUUGAUAAAGAAUCAUCGGUGCCAUUAAAAACUAUUCAAGAUGACAUAAUUGUUCAAACAGCUCAGCGUCCAUCACAUGCUGAGCUUGUCACUGUAACGCCUGGCUCAGCGCCCGAGUCUCCAAUGUAUCAUGAACAAAUAAAAAUGACAAUAUUGUCUGGACAAGAAUUAGAACCCGUUAAGGAAUAUGAUUCUUCUGCCUUUAAUUAUGGUCAAUAUACAGAAAAAUUAAGAGAAACUCAUAUAACCACCGUUCAUUCACCGAUUAAAGAUGAUUUAGCACUCACAGAAGAGAUUGCUUCAAUGCCGGUGAAAAUUCCAUCAAUACCAGAAGACGUUGAAAAAGAAAUAGAAGAAGCAAGUAAAUUAGACAUCUCAGAAAAACCUCUUUUAAGCCCAAAAGAUGUUGAAAAAAUUGUAGCUGAUGUUGCUGAAGUGUUAAAAUCUGACAAAAGCUUAGACGAACUUAUAGCGGAAAAGUCCCCAAUGCUUCGAAAAUCUCCUGAAAUAUUUAGCUCAUUCAAUAUAGCUGAUAAAGCAGUCGAAAAAAUAUUGUUAAGUGAAACCGACAUAACAGGAGAGAAACAACCAAUAAAAGACAUUAAAUUCACUAAAACUGCAGAAAAAGUUAAAGAAGAAAAAAUAAAAGAUGAACUUCCUGCUCCUGAUUACUUAGAAGAAGACCAAAGAAUAGGGAAAGAAAUAUCUCCUGUAAGAUCUCUCACAUCAGAAGAUAUAAGUGAUUUAUCUGAUAAAACAGUUUUAUGUGAAAGUAAAAGAGUCAAACGUUAUACCAAAGAAGACAAAGAAAAGGAUAAAGCUUUAGAAACUACAACUAAAAGUUCAACUCAAGUAAAUGGAUUUGGUGCUAAUGCACAAAAACAUGUUCAAACCAAUUACGGUCUUGAUGAUAGCAAAUCAGAGAUAAAAUUGAGUGUUACGUUGGAUUCCGCAAAAACUUUGGAAAAGCUUGAAGAAAAAAUUGCAGAUCUUAAGAAAAAAGAAGAAAAGACAGUUGAAACAUCUGUUUCAGCAAUUUUACUAAAAGAUGACAAAAAAGAAGUUGUUCAAAAGUUAAAGGAAGAUAUCACCAUUGAAACCUCUAUUUUAAAACAGCAACACGAAACCGACCUCAGUAAAGCUCUUGAGAAAGAACCUGCCACUGAAGUCGAAAAACAUGUAAUGCUUGAUAAACAAGGCGAAAUAACAGAUACUAGUUUAGAAAUAACUACAUCUAUAAAGAAUUUGGAUGUAUUAGCAAAUCCUGAUAUCAUUCAAGAUAUAAAGGAUUAUCCAAAACCUAUUUCAUUUGAUAAUACAUUAAAAAUAAAGUCGCAUAUCGAUUCUGGCAAACUUGAUGAUAAGCAAGUAAGUUCAGAAAAAGAUAUGACUAAAAUUUCAAAAGAUGGCGAAAAACUUUCAAAGGUUGAUGGUGAUAAAGUUAAAGAUUUAAAGCCUGAAGAAAAGAAAAAGGAAAGCAAAUCUAUGAUAAGUAGUUUCAUGAAUAAAUUUGAUGAAAAAAUUAGCAAAGCUAAAGAAUAUCUUACCAAAAAGACUGAAAAAACUUUUGAACAAAAUGAUAACUUAGAAGAAAAAGCAUCUCCUACAACAUUAGAUAUCCAACUCCCAGAAUCAACCUAUGAAGAUCAUACCCCGGUAACAAAAGAAUAUGAUGAUGCUAUUUUAUCAAAAGUACAAUUAUACGAACAUUAUAUGAUUGCACUAGUUUCAUCUCAAAAAGAUAUUGAAGAAGAGCUAAUAAAGUAUACUAUCUCCGGUGACCCAAAAGAAAAUGUCAAUAUAAAAAGAGAAAAUAUAAAAAUAGAUGACGAAAUUAUCUUGCGAACAACAGUCACUAGAAUAAUAACAACAAAAUAUGCAAAUAAUAAUGGCGUUAUUCAAAAGAUCAAAUCCGUCACUAUAAUAACAAUAACUGAUACCCGAUCUGGUGGAAAGUCUUCAUUAAAAAUUGAUGGUAAUACGACUUUAAGAGAAGUAGAAGAUAUUGAAUCGAAUAAGACCAAAGAAUUCAAUAUAGAAGAAGAUACAACAAGUGAAGAACAUCAUGAAGAACAAUCUCUUUAUAUCAAAGGCGAAGUAGUGAUCCAAAAAACGAAUACUAAAACUACUAAAACUAUCUUAAGAAAAUCUAAAAGUUUGAAAAAAAUAAUGAAAACAACUCUCGAAAUAGAAACAGACUUAAUCUUUGAAAAUAAUGUAAAAGAAAAUAUCAAAACAACGAAAGUUUGCAUUCAUGAUUACAAUACAUCAAGCAAGGAAUUAACUAAUGAAAAGGUUGUCAAGAUAUUUGUUUUAUCACAAAAGUCGAUUACAGAUGCGUCUGUAUUGCCAGCUCAGUUACCAGAUAUAUAUUCAGUUCAAAAACAAAUAAACGAAAUGACUCAAUUAUCAAGCUUUCCGGAAGAAGACGAAAGCGUAGCUAAAGCGUUACUGAACAAACAACUUAUUAAAAAUGAAAUAUCACUUAACAAAGAAAGUCCGAUGAAAGAGGCACUUAGUCCUGAGAAAAUGUCAGGGAAAAGGGUGUCACCUGAAAAGGAGGCUAAACCAUCUAGUUCAAUCGAAGACGAUCAUAAAAUACCUGUCGCUGAUAAACUACUGGAAAAACAACCAAGUCCACCAAAAGAAGUUCUUAGUGCUCCGAAAGAAUCAGAAAAAGAAGUGACACCUGAAAAGGAGACAAAAGCCACUACUCCAGUCAAGGACGAUGACAAAAUGACUUUUGUUGAUAAACCAUGGGAAAAACAACCCAGUCCAAUGAAACAAGCACUAAGUCCUGAAAAAGCAACACAAAAAAAAGUGUCACUUGAAGAGGAGGCAAAAUCAACUAGUCCAAUCACGAAACAAGAAAACCUGCCCGUUGCUGAAAAACCAUUGGGCAAGGAAAGGAGUCCACUGAAAGAACCACUUAGUCCUAAAAAAGAAUCAGACAAAAAAGCAACUCCUGAAAAAGAGGCUAAAGCAUCUACCCCAGUCAAGGACGAUGGUAAAAUGCCAGUAACUGAUAAACCACGGGAAAAGGAACCAAGUCCACCAGAAGAGGUUCUUAGUACUAAGAAAGAAUCAGAGAAAGAAGCGACACCUGAAAAAGAAGCAAAAGCACCUACCCCAGUCAAGGACGUUGGCAAAUUGCAUGAAGCUGAAAAACUAUUGGAAAAGGAAUUAAGUCCACCAAAAGAGGUACCAAGUUCUGAAAACGUGUCACCUGAAAAGGAGAGAAAAUCACCUAGUCCAAUUACGGAAAAAGAAAAACUGCCUGUUGAUGAAGGACAAUUGGGCAAGGAACCAAGUCCACCGAAAGAGGUUCUUUGUCCUGAGAAAGAAUCAGAGAAAGAAGCAACACCUGAAAAGGACGUAAUAGCACCUACCCCAGUCAAGGACGAUGACAAAUUGCAUGAAGAUGAAAAAUCAAUGGAAAAGGAACCAAGUCCACCAAAAGAGGAACUUAUUUCUGAAAAAGUGUCACCUGAAAAGGACACAAAAUCACCUAGUCCUAUUACGGAAAAAGAAAAACUGCAUGUUGCUGAUAAAACUUUGGGCAAGGAACCAAGUCCACCAAAAGACCUUAUUAGUCCUGAGAAAGAAUCAGAGAAAGAAGCAACACCUGAGAAGGAGGAAAAAUCACCCACCCCAGUCAAGGACGUUGACAAAUUGCAUAAAGAUGAAAAACCAUUGGAAAAGGAACCAAGUCCACCGAAAGAGGUACUUAGUUCUGAAAAAGUGUCACCUGAAACGGAGACAAAAUCCCCUAGUCAAAUCACUGACACAGAAAAACUGCUUAUUGAUGUAGGAUCAUUGGGCAAGGAACACAGUCCACCAAAAGAGGUUCUUGGUCCUAAGAAAGAAUCAGAGCGGCAAGCGACACCUGAAAAGGAGGCAAAAGCACCUACCACAGUCAAGGACGAUGGCAAAUUGCAUGAAGCUGAAAAACCAUUGGAAAAGGAGCCAAGGCCACCAAAAGAGGCACUUAGUUCUGAAAAAGUGUCACCGGAAAAGGAGACAAAAUCACCUAGUCCAAUUACGGAAAAAGAAAACCUGCCUGUUGCCGCAAAACCGUUGGACAAGGAACCAAGUCCACUAAAAGAGGUUCUUAGUUCUGAGGAAGAAUCAGAAAAAGAAGCGUCACCUGAAAAGGAAGCAAAAGCACCUACCCCAGACAAGGACGGUGGCAAAUUGCUUGAAGCUGCAAAACUUUUGGAAAUGGAACCCAUUCCACCGAAAGAGGUACUAAGUUAUGAAAAAUCGUCACCUGAAAAGGAGCCAAAAUCACCUAGUCCAAUUACGGAAAAAGAAAAACUGCCUGUUGCUGAAGAACCAUUUGGCAAGGAACCAAGUCCACCAAAAGAGGUACUUAGUUCUGACAAAGUGUCACCUAAGAAGGACACGAAAUCACCUAUUCUUAUCACGGAAAAAGAAAAACUGCCUGUUGCCGCAGAACCAUUGGGCAAGGAACCAAGUCCACCAAAGGAGUUUCCUAGUCCUAAGAAAGAAUCAGAGCGAGAAGCGACACCUGAAAAGGAGGCAAAAGCACCUAUCCCAGUCAAGGACGUUGGCAAAUUGCAUGAAGCUGAAAAACUAUUGGAAAAGGAAUUAAGUCCACCGAAAGAGGUACCAAGUUCUGAAAAAGUGUCACCUGAAAAGGAGAGAAAAUCACCUAGUCCACUUACGGAAAAAGAAAAACUACCUGUUGAUGAAGGACAAUUGGGCAAGGAACCAAGUCCACCGAAAGAGGUUCUUUGUCCUGAGAAGGAAUCAGAGAAAGAAGCAACACCUGAAAAGGACGUAAUAGCACCUACCCCAGUCAAGGACGAUGACAAAUUGCAUGAAGAUGAAAAACCAUUGGAAAAGGAACCAAGUCCACCAAAAGAGGAACUUAUUUCUGAAAAAGUGUCACCUGAAAAGGACACAAAAUCACCUAGUCCUAUUACGAAAAAAGAAAAACUGCAUGUUGCUGAUAAAACUUUGGGCAAAGAACCAAGUCCACCAAAAGACGUUAUUAGUCCUGAGAAAGAAUCAGAGAAAGAAGCAACACCUGAGAAGGAGGAAAAAUCACCCACCCCAGUCAAGGACGUUGACAAAUUGCAUAAAGAUGAAAAACCAUUGGAAAAGGAACCAAGUCCACCGAAAGAGGUACUUAGUUCUGAAAAAGUGUCACCUGAAAAGGAGACAAAAUCCCCUAGUCAAAUCACUGACACAGAAAAACUGCUUAUUGAUGUAGGAUCAUUGGGCAAGGAACACAGUCCACCAAAAGAGGUUCUUGGUCCUGAGAAAGAAUCAGAGUGGGAAGCGACACCUGAAAAGGAGGCAAAAGCACCUACCACAGUCAAGGACGAUGGCGAAUUGCUUAAAGCUGAAAAACCAUUGGAAAAGGAACCCAGUACACCGAAAGAGGUACUAAGUUAUGACAACUCGUCAACUGAAAAGGAGACAAAACCACCUAGUCUAAUUACGGAAAAAGAAAAACUGCCUGUUGCUAAAGAACCAUUGGGCAAGGAACCAAGUCCAUCGAAAGAGGAACUAAGUUCUGAAAAAGUGUCACCUGAAAAGGACACGAAAUCACCUAUUCUUAUCACGGAAAAAGAAAAACUGCCUGUUGCCGCAGAACCAUUGGGCAAGGAACCAAGUCCACCAAAGGAGGUUCCUAGUCCUAAGAAAGAAUCAAAGAAAGAAGCGACACCUGAAAAGGAGGCAAAAGCACCUACCCCAGUCAAGGAUGUUGACCAAUUGCAUGAAUCUCAGAAAACAUUGGAAAAGGAACCAAGUCCACCGAAAGAAAUACUUAGUUCUGAAAAAGUGUCACCAGAAAAGAAGGCAAUAUCACCUAGUCCAAUCACAGAAAUAGAAAAACUGUCUUUUGCGGAAGAACAAUUGGGAAAGGAACCAAGUCCACCAAAAGACGUUAUUAGUCCUGAGAAAGAAUCAGAGAAAGAAACAACACCUGAAAAGGAGGUAAAAGCAACUACCCCAGUCAAGGACGUUGACCAAUUGCAUGAAGAUGAAAAACCAUUGGAAAAGGAACCAAGUCCACCGAAAGAAGAAGUUAGUUCUGAGAAAGUGUCACCUGAAAAGGAGACGAAAUCACCUAUUCUUAUCACGGAUAAAGAAAAACUGCCUGUUGUCGCAGAAACAUUGGACAAGGAACCAAGUCCACCAAAGGAGGUUCUUAGUCCAAAGAAAGAAUCAGAGCGUGAAGCGAAACCUGAAAAGGAGGCAAAAGCACCUACCCCAGUCAAGGAUGUUGACCAAUUGCAUGAAUCUCAGAAAACAUUGGAAAAGGAACCAAGUCCACCGAAAGAAAUACUUAGUUCUGAAAAAGUGUCACCAGAAAAGAAGACAAUAUCACCUAGUCCAAUCACAGAAAUAGAAAAACUGUCUUUUGCGGAAGAACAAUUGGGAAAGGAACCAAGUCCACCAAAAGACGUUAUUAGUCCUGAGAAAGAAUCAGAGAAAGAAACAACACCUGAAAAGGAGGUAAAAGCAACUACCCCAGUCAAGGACGUUGACCAAUUGCAUGAAGAUGAAAAACCAUUGGAAAAGGAACCAAGUCCACCGAAAGAAGAAGUUAGUUCUGAGAAAGUGUCACCUGAAAAGGAGACGAAAUCACCUAUUCUUAUCACGGAUAAAGAAAAACUGCCUGUUGCCGCAGAACCAUUGGACAAGGAACCAAGUCCACCAAAGGAGGUUCUUAGUCCUAAGCAAGAAUCAAAGCGUGAAGCGACACCUGAAAAGGAGGCAAAAGCACCUACCCCAAUCAAGGACGUUGACAAAUUUCAUUUAGCUCAGAAAACAUUGGGCCGGGAACCAAGUCCACCAAAAGAGGUUCUCAGUCCUGAGAAAGAAUCAGAGAAAGAAGCGACAUCUGAAAAGGAACCAAAAGCACCUUCCUCAGACAAGGACAUUAGCAAAUUGCUUAAAGAUGAAAAAACAUUGAAAAAGGAACCAAGUCCACCGAAAGAGGCACUUAGUUCUGAAAAAGUGUCACCGGAAAACGAAACAAAAUCACCUAGUCCUAUCACGGAAAAAGAAAAACUGUCUUUUGCGGAAGAACCAUUGGGCAAGGAACCAAGUCCACUAAAAGAGGUUCUUAGUUCUGAGGAAGAAUCAGAAAAAGAAGCGACACCUGAAAAGAACGCAAAAGCACCUACCCCAGUCAAGGACGAUGACAAAUUGCAUGAAGAUGAAAAACCAUUGGAAAAGGAACCAAGUCCACCAAAAAAAGAACUUAUUUCUGAAAAAGUGUCACCUGAGGAUGACACGAAAUCACCUAUUCUUAUCACGGAAAAAGAAAAACUGCCUGUUGCCGCAGAACCAUUGGGUAAGGAACCAAGUCCAACAAAGGAAGUUCUUAGUCCUAAGAAAGAAUCAGAGCGAGAAGCGACACCUGAAAAGGAGGCAAAAGAACCUACCCCAGUCAAGGACGUUGGCAAAUUGCUUAAAGAUGAAAAAAUAUUGGAAAAGGAACCAAGUCCACCAACAGAGGUACUUAGUUCUGAAAAAGUGUUACCAGAACAGAAGACAAUAUCACCUAGUCCAAUUCCGGAAAAAGAAAACCUGCCUGUUGCUGAAGAACCAUUGGGCAAGGAACCAAGUCCACCAAAAGAGGUACUUAGUUCUGAAAAAGGGUCACCUGAGAAGGAAACGAAAUCACCUAUUCUUAUAACGGAAAAAGAAAAACUGCCUGUUGCCGCAGAACCAUUGGGUAAGGAACCAAGUCCACCAAAGCAGGUUCUUAGUCCUAAGAAAGAAUCAGAGCGAGAAGCGACAACUGAAAAGGAGGCAAAGGAACCUACCCCAGUCAAGGACGUUGGCAAAUUGCUUAAAGAUGAAAAAACAUUAGAAAAGGAACCAAGUCCACCGAAAGAGGUACUUAGUUCUGAAAAAGGGUCAUCUGAGAAGGAAACGAAAUCACCUAUUCUUAUAACGGAAAAAGAAAAACUUUCUGUUGCGGAAGAACCAUUGGGAAAGGAACCAAGUCCAUCAAAAGAGGUUCUCAGCCCUGAGAAAGAAUCAGAGAAAGAAGCGACACCUGAAAAGGAAGCAAAAGCACCUACCCCAGUCAAGGACGGUGGCAAAUUGCUUGAAGCUGAACAACCAUUGGAAAAGGAACCCAGUCCACCGAAAGAGGUACUAAGUUAUAAAAAAUUGUCACCUGAAAAGGAGACAAAAUCACCUAGUCCAAUUACGGAAAAAGAAAACCUGCCUGUUGCCGCAAAACCGUUGGACAAGGAACCAAGUCCACUAAAAGAGGUUCUUAGUUCUGAGGAAGAAUCAGAAAAAGAAGCGUCACCUGAAAAGGAAGCAAAAGCACCUACCCCAGACAAGGACGGUGGCAAAUUGCUUGAAGCUGCAAAACUUUUGGAAAUGGAACCCAUUCCACCGAAAGAGGUACUAAGUUAUGAAAAAUCGUCACCUGAAAAGGAGCCAAAAUCACCUAGUCCAAUUACGGAAAAAGAAAAACUGCCUGUUGCUGAAGAACCAUUGGGCAAGGAACCAAGUCCACCAAAAGAGGUACUUAAUUCUGACAAAGUGUCACCUAAGAAGGACACGAAAUCACCUAUUCUUAUCACGGAAAAAGAAAAACUGUCUGUUGCCGCAGAACGAUUGGGUAAGGAACCAAGUUCACCAAAGGAAGUUCUUAGUCCUGAGAAAGAAUCAGAGAAGGAAGCAACACCUGACAAGGAGAAAAAAGCACCUACCCCAGUCCAGGACGGUGGCAAAUUGCUUGAAGCUGAACAACCAUUGGAAAAGGAACCCAGUCCACCGAAAGAGGUACUAAGUUAUGAAAAAUUGUCACCUGAAAAGGAGACAAAAUCACCUAGUCCAAUUCCGGAAAAAGAAAACCUGCCUGUUGCCGCAAAACCGUUGGACAAGGAACCAAGUCCACUUAAAGAGGUUCUUAGUUCUGAGGAAGAAUCAGAAAAAGAAGCGUCACCUGAAAAGGAAGCAAAAGCACCUACCCCAGUCAAGGACGGUGGCAAAUUGCUUGAAGCUGCAAAACUUUUGGAAAUGGAACCCAUUUCACCGAAAGAGGUACAAAGUUAUGAAAAAUCGUCACCUGAAAAGGAGCCAAAAUCACCUAGUCCAAUUACGGAAAAAGAAAAACUGCCUGUUGCUGAAGAACCAUUGGGCAAGGAACCAAGUCCACCAAAAGAGGUACUUAGUUCUGACAAAGUGUCACCUGAGAAGGAGACGAAAUCACCUAUUCUUAUCACGAAAAAGGAAAAACUGCCUGUUGCCACAGAACCAUUGGGUAAGGAACCAAGUUCACCAAAGGAAGUUCUUAGUCCUGAGAAAGAAUCAGAGAAAGAAGCAACACCUGACAAGGAGAAAAAAGCACCUACCCCAGUCAAGGACGGUGGCAAACUGCUUAAAGCUGAAAAACCAUUAGAAAAGGAACCCAGUCCACCGAACGAGGUACUAAGUUAUGAAAAAUUGUCACCUGAAAAGGAGACAAUAUCACCUAGUCUAAUUACGGAUAAAGAAAAACUGCCUGUUGCUAAAGAACUAUUGGGCAAGGAACCAAUUUCACCAAAAGAGGUUCUUAGUCCUGAAAAAGAAUCAAAGAAAGAAGCGACACCUGACAAGGUGGAAAAAGCACCUACCCCAGUCAAGGACGUUGACAAAUUGCAUUUAGCUCAGAAAACAUUGGGCAAGGAACCAAGUCCACCAAAAGAGGUACUUAGUUCUGACAAAGUGUCACCUGAGAAGGACACGAAAUCACCUAUUCUUAUCACGGAAAAAGAAAAACUUUCUGUUGCGGAAGAACCAUUGGGAAAGGAACCAAGUCCACCAAAAGAGGUUCUUAGUUCUGAGGAAGAAUCAGAAAAAGACGCGACACCUGACAAGGAGGAAAAAGCACCUACCCCAGUCAAGGACGUUGACAAAUUGCGUUUAGCACAGAAAACAUUGGGCAAGGAACCAAGUCCAUCAAAAGAGGUUCUCAGCCCUGAGAAAGAAUCAGAGAAAGAAGCGACACCUGAAAAGGAAGCAAAAGCAACUACCCCAGUCAAGGACGGUGGCAAAUUGCUUGAAGCUGAACAACCAUUGGAAAAGGAACCCAGUCCACCGAAAGAGGUACUAAGUUAUGAAAAAUCGUCACCUGAAAAGGAGCCAAAAUCACCUAGUCCAAUUACGGAAAAAGAAAAACUGCCUGUUGCUGAAGAACCAUUGGGCAAGGAACCAAGGUCGCUAAAAGAGGGACUUAGUUCUGACAAAGUGUCACCUGAGAAAGACAUUAAAUCACCUAUUCUUAUCACGGAAAAAGAAAAACUGCCUUUUGCCGCAGAACCAUUGCGUCAGGAAACAAGUUCACUAAAGGAAGUUCUUAGUCCUGAGAAAGAAUCAGAGAAAGAAGCAACACCUGAAAAGGAAGCAAAAGCACCUACCCCAGUCAAGGACGUUGACAAAUUGCAUUUAGCUCAGAAAACAUCGGGCAAGGAACCAAGUCCACCAAAAGAGGUACUUAGUUCUGACAAAGUGUCACCUGAGAAGGACACGAAAUCACCUAUUCUUAUCACGGAAAAAGAAAAACUUUCUGUUGCGGAAGAACCAUUGGGAAAGGAACCAAGUCCACCAAAAGAGGUUCUUAGUUCUGAGGAAGAAUCAGAAAAAGACGCGACACCUGACAAGGAGGAAAAAGCACCUACCCCAGUCAAGGACGUUGACAAAUUGCAUUUAGCUCAGAAAACAUUGGGCAAGGAACCAAGUCCAUCAAAAGAGGUUCUCAGCCCUGAGAAAGAAUCAGAGAAAGAAGCGACACCUGAAAAGGAAGCAAAAGCAACUACCCCAGUCAAGGACGGUGGCAAAUUGCUUGAAGCUGAACAACCAUUGGAAAAGGAACCCAGUCCACCGAAAGAGGUACUAAGUUAUGAAAAAUCGUCACCUGAAAAGGAGCCAAAAUCACCUAGUCCAAUUACGGAAAAAGAAAAACUGCCUGUUGCUGAAGAACCAUUGGGCAUGCAACCAAGGUCGCCAAAAGAGGAACUUAGUUCUGACAAAGUGUCACCUGAGAAAGACACAAAAUCACCUAUUCUUAUCACGGAUAAAGAAAAACUGCCUGUUGCUAAAGAACCAUUGGGCAAGGAACCAAUUUCACCAAAAGAGGUUUUUAGUCCUGAGAAAGAAUCAGAGAAAGAAGCUACACCUGACAAGGAGAAAAAACCACCUACCCCAGUCAAGGACGUUGACAAAUUGGAUUUAGCUCAGAAAACAUUGGGCAAGGAACCAAGUCCACCAAAAGAGGUUCUCAGUCCUGAGAAAGAAUUAGAGAAAGAAGCGACACCUGAUACUGAGGCAAAAGAACCUACCCCAGUCAAGGACGUUGGUAAAUUGCAUGAAGCUGAAAAACCAUUGGAAAAGGAACCAAGUCCACCGAAAGAGGUACUUUGUUCUGAAAAAGGGUCACCGGAAAAGGAGACAAAAUCACCUAGUCCAAUCACUGAAAAAGAAAAACUGCCUCUUGCUGAAGAACCAGUGGAAAAGGAACAAAGUCCACCAAAAGAGGUUCCUAGGCCUAAGAAAGAAUUAGAGAUAGAAACGACACCUGAAAAGGAGGCAAAAGCACCUUCCCCAGACAAGGACGUUAGCAAAUUGCAUGAAGCUGAAAAACCGUUGGAAAAGGAACCAAGUCCACCCAAAGAGGCACUUAGUUCUGAAAAAGUGUCCCCGGAAAAGGAGACAAAAUCACCUAGUCCAAUCACUGAAAAAGAAAAACUGUCUCUUGCUGAAGAACCAUUGGGCAAGGAACCAAGUCCAAAGGAGGCAAAAGCACCUACCCCAGUCAAGGACGUUGGCAAAUUGCAUGAAGCUAAAAAACCUUUGGAAAAGGAACCAAGUCCACCGAAAGAGGUAGUUAGUUUUGAAAAAGUGUCACCGGAAAUGAAGACACAAUCACUAAGUCCUUUUACGGAAAAGGAAAAACUGCAUGUUGCUGAUAAAACUUUGGGUAAGGAACAAAGUCCACCAAAAGAUGUUCUUAGUCCUGAGAAAGAAUCAGAGAAAAAAGCUAUACCUGAAAAGGAGACAAAAGCACCUACCCCAGUCAAGGACAUUGGCAAAUUGCAUGAAGCUAAAAAACCUUUGGAAAAGGAACCAAGUCCACCGAAAGAGGUACUAAGUUCUGAAAAAGGGUCACCGGAAAAGGAGACAAAAUCACCUAGUCCAAUCACGGAAAAAGAAAAUCUGUCUGUUGCUGAAGAACCAUUGGGCAAGCAACCAAGUCCACCAAAGGAGGUUCCUAGGCCUAAGAAAGAAUCAGAGCAAGAAGUAACACCUGAAAAGGAGGCAAAAGAACCUACCUCAGUCAAAGACGUUGGCAAAUUGCGUGAAGCUGAAAUACCUUUGGAAAAGGAACCAAGUCCACCGAAAGAGGUACUUAGUUCUGAAAAAGGGUCACCGGAAAAGGAGACAAAAUCACCUAGUCCAAUCACUGAAAAAGAAAAACUGCCUCUUGCUGAAGAACCAUUGGAAAUGGAACCAAGUCCACCGAAAGAGGUACUAAGAACUGAAAAAGAGUCACCGGGAAAGGAGACAAAAUCACCUUGUCCAAUCACGGAAAAAGAAAAUCUGUCUGAUGCUGAAGAACCUUUGGGCAAGGAACCAAGUCCACCUAAGGAGGUUCUUAGUCCUGAGAAAGAAUCAGAGCGCGAAGCGAAACCUGAAAAGGAGGCAAAAGAACCUACCCCAGUCAAGGACGUUGGCGAAUUGCAUGAAACCGAAAAAGCAUUGGAAAAGGAACCAAGUCCACCGACAGACGUACUUAGUUUUGAAAAAGUGUCACCGGAAAAGGAGACAAAAUCACCUAGUCCAAUCACUGAAAAAGAAAAACUGCCUCUUGCUGAAGAACCAUUGGGCAAGGAACCAAGUCUACCAAAGGAGGUUCCUAGGCCUAAGAAAGAAUCAGAGCGAGAAGAAACACCUGAAAAGGAGGCAAAAGAACCUACCUCAGUCAAGGCCGUUAGCAAAUUGCAUGAAUCUCCGAAAACACUGGAAAAGGAACCAAGUACACCGAAAGAGGUACUUAGUUCUGAAAAAGAGUCACCAGGAAAGGAGACAAAAUCACCUCGUCCAAUCACGGAAAAAGAAAAUCUGUCUGUUGCUGAAGAACCUUUGGGCAAGGAACCAAGUCCACCUAAGGAGGUUCUUGGUCCUGAGAAAGAAUCAGAGCGAGAAGCGACACCUAAAAAGGAGGCAAAAGAAACUACCCCAGUCAAGGACGUUGGCGAAUUGCAUGAAACCGAAAAAGCAUUCGAAAAGAAACCAAGUCCACCGAAAGACGUACUUAGUUCUGAAAAAGUGUCACCGGAAAAGGAGACAAAAUCACCUAGUCCAAUCACUGAAAAAGAAAAACUGCCUCUUGCUGAAGAACCAUUGGAAAAGGAACAAAGUCUACCGAAAGAAGUCGUUAGUUCUGAAAAAGUAUCACCUGAAAAUGAAACCAAAUCACCUAGUCCAAUCAUGGAAAAAGAAAAACUGCCUGUUGCUGAAGCACCAUUGGGCAAAGAAAUAAGUCCACCAAAAGAGCUUCUUAGUCCUGAGAAAGAAUCAGAGAAAAAAACGACACCUGAAAAGGAGGCAAAAGCACCUACCCCAGACAAGGACGUUAGCAAAUUGCAUGAAGCUGAAAAACCAUUGGAAAAGGAACCAAGUCCACCCAAAGAGGCACUUAGUUCUAAAAAAGGGUCACCGGAAAAUGAGAAAAAAUCACCUAGUCCAAUAUUGGAAAAAGAAAAACUGCCUGUUGCUGAAGAACCAUUGGGCAAGGAACCAAGUCCACCAAAGGAGGUUCCUGGGCCUAAGAAAGAAUCAGAGCGAGAAGUAACACCUGAAAAGGAGGCAAAAGAACCUACCUCAGUCAAGGACGUUGGCAAAUUGCAUGAAUCUCCGAAAACAUUGGAAAAGGAACCAAGUUCACAGAAAGAGGUACUUAGAUCUGAAAAAGUGUCCCCGGAAAAGGAGGCAAAAGCACCUACCCCAGACAAGGACGUUAGCAAAUUGCAUGAAGCUGAAAAACCGUUGGUAAAGGAACCAAGUCCACCCAAAGAGGCACUUAGUUCUGAAAAAGUGUCCCCGGAAAAGGAGACAAAAUCACCUAGUCCAAUCACUGAAAAAGAAAAACUGCCUGUUGCUAAAGAACAAUUGGUAAUGGAACCAAGUCCACCGCAAGUAGUACUUAGUUCUGAAAAAAUAUCACCUGAAAAGGAGACAAAAUCACCUAGUCCAAUCACUGAUAAAGAAAAACUGCCUAAUGCUGAAGAACCAUUGGAAAAGGAACCAAGUCCACCAAAAGAGGUUCUUAGUCCUGAGAAAGAAUCAGAGCGAGAAGCGACACCUAAAAAGGAGGCAAAAGCACCUACCCCAGACAAGGACGUUGGCGAAUUGCAUGAAGCUGAAAAACCAUUGGAAAUGGAACCAAGUCCACCGAAAGAGGUACUUAGUUCUGAAAAAGAGUCACCGGGAAAGGAGACAAAAUCACCUAGUCCAAUCACGGAAAAAGAAAAUCUGUCUGUUGCUGAAGAACCUUUGGGCAAGGAACCAAGUCCACCAAAGGAGGUUCCUAGUCCAAAGAAAGAAUCAGAGCGAGAAGCAACACCUGAAAAGGAGGCAAAAGAACCUACAUUAAUCAAGGACGUUGGCAAAUUGCAUGAAUCUCUGAAAACAUUGAAAAAGGAAUCAAGUCCACCGAAAGAGGUACUAAGUUCUGAAAAAGUGUCACCUGAAAAGGAGACCAAAUCACCUAGUCCUAUCACGGAAAAAGAAAAACUGCGUGGUUCUGAAGAACCAUUGGGCAAGGAACCAACUCCACCUAAGGAGGUUCUUAGUCCUGAGAAAGAAUCAGAGCGAGAAGCGACACCUGAAAAGGAGGCAAAAGAACCUACCCCAGUCAAGGACGUUGGCGAAUUGCAUGAAACCGAAAAAGCAUUAGAAAAGGUACCAAGUCCACCGAAAGAGGUACUUAGUUCUGAAAAAGUGUCACCUGAAAAGGAGACAAAAUCACCUAGUCCAAUCACGGAAAUAGAAAAUCUGUCUGGUGCUGAAGAACCAUUAGGCAAGGAAUCAAGUCCACCAAAUGAGGUUCUUAGUCCUAAGAAAGAAUACGAGCGAGAAGCGACACCUGAAAAGGAGGCAAAAGAACCUACCCCAGUCAAGGCCGUUGGCAAAUUGCAUGAAGCUGAAAAACCAUUGGAAAUGGAACCAAGUCCACCGAAAGAGGUACUUAGUUCUGAAAAAGAGUCACCGGGAAAGGAGACAAAAUCACCUAGUCCAUUAACGGAAAAAGAAAAUCUGUCUGUUGCUGAAGAACCUUUGGGCAAGGAACCAAGUCCACCAAAGGAGGUUCCUAGUCCAAAGAAAGAAUCAGAGCGAGAAGCAACACCUGAAAAGGAGGCAAAAGAACCUACCUUAAUCAAGGACGUUGGCAAAUUGCAUGAAUCUCUGAAAACAUUGAAAAAGGAAUCAAGUCCACCGAAAGAGGUACUUAGUUCUGAAAAAGUGUCACCUGAAAAGGAGACAAAAUCACCUAGUCCUAUCACGGAAAAAGAAAAACUGCGUGGUUCUGAAGAACCAUUGGGCAAGAAACCAACUCCACCUAAGGAGGUUCUUAGUCCUGAGAAAGAAUCAGAGCGAGAAGUGACACCUGAAAAGAAGGCAAAAGAACCUACCCCAGUCAAGGAUGUUGGCGAAUUGCAAGAAACCGAAAAAGCAUUGGAAAAGGAACCAAGUCCACCGCAAGACGUACUUAGUUCUGAAAAAGUGUCACCAGAAAAUGAGACAAAAACACCUAGUCCAAUCACUGAAAAAGAAAAACUGCCUCUUGCUGAAGAACCAUUGGAAAAAGUACCAAGUCCACCGAAAGAGGUACUUAGUUCUGAAAAAGUGUCACCUGUAAAGGAGACAAAAUCACCUAGUCCAAUCACGGAAAUAGAAAAUCUGUCUGGUGCUGAAGAACCAUUAGGCAAGGAACCAAGUCCACCAAAUGAGGUUCUUAGUCCUAAGAAAGAAUCACAGCGAGAAGCGACACCUGAAAGGGAGGCAAAAGAACCUACCCCAGUCAAGGCCGUUGGCAAAUUGCACGAAGCUGAAAAACCAUUGGAAAAGGAACCAAGUCCACCGCAAGAGGUACUUAGUUCUAAAAAAGGGUCACCGGAAAAGGAAAAAAAAUCACCUAGUCCAAUCACGGAAAAAGAAAAUCUGUCUGUUAAUGAAGAACCUUUGGGCAAGGAACCAAGUCCACCAAAGGAGGUUCCUAGUCCAAAGAAAGAAUCAGAGCGAGAAGCAACACCUGAAAAGGAGGCAAAAGAACCUACCUUAAUCAAGGACGUUGGCAAAUUGCAUGAAUCUCCGAAAACAUUGAAAAAGGAAUCAAGUCCACCGAAAGAAGUACUAAGUUCUGAAAAAGUGUCACCUGAAAAGGAGACAAAAUCACCUAGUCCUAUCACGGAAAAAGAAAAACUGCGUGGUUCUGAAGAACCAUUGGGCAAGGAACCAACUCCACCUAAGGAGGUUCUUAGUCCUGAGAAAGAAUCAGAGCGAGAAGCGACACCUACACCUAAAAAGGAGGCAAAAGCACCUACCCCAGACAAGGACGUUAGCAAGUUGCAUGAAGCUGAAAAACCAUUGGAAAAGGAACCAAGUCCACCGAAAGAGGUACUUAGUUCUGAAAAAGUGUCACCGGAAAAGGAGAAAAAAUCACUUAGUCCAAUCAUGGAAAAAGAAAAACUGCCUGUUGCUGAAGAACCAUUGGAAAAGGAACCAAGUCUACCAAAGGAGGUUCUUAGUCCUGAGAAGGAAUCAGAGAAAGAAACGACACCUGAAAAGGAGGCAAAAGCACCUACCCCAGACAAGGACGUUAGCAAAUUGCAUGAAGCUGAAAUACCAUUGGAAAAGGAACCAAGUCCACCCACAGAGGCACUUAGUUCUGAAAAAGUGUCCCCGGAAAAGGAGACAAUAUCACCUAGUCCAAUCACUGAUAAAGAAAAACUGCCUGUUGCUAAAGAACAAUUGGUAAUGGAAUUAAGUCCACCGCAAGAGGUACUUAGUUCUGAAAAAGUGUCACCGGAAAAGGAGAAAAAAUCACCUAGUCCAAUCAUGGAAAAAGAAAAACUGCCUGUUGCUGAAGAACCAUUGGGCAAGGAAACAAGUCCACUAAAAGAGGUUCUUAGUCCUGAGAAAGAAUCAGAGAAAGAAGCGACACCUGAAAAGGAGGCAAAAGCACCUACCCCAGUCAAGGACGUUAGCAAAUUGCAUGAAGCUGAAAAACCAUUGGAAAAGGAACCAAGUCCACCCAAAGAGGCACUUAGUUAUGAAAAAGUGUCCCCGGAAAAGGAGACAAUAUCACCUAGUCCAAUCACUGAUAAAGAAAAACUGCCUGUUGCUAAAGAACAAUUGGUAAUGGAAUUAAGUCCACCGCAAGAGGUACUUAGUUCUGAAAAAACAUCACCUGAAAAGGAGACAAAAUCACCUAGUCCAAUCACUGAUAAAGAAAAACUGCCUAAUGCUGAAGAACCAUUGGAAAAGGAACCAAGUCCACCAAAAGAGGUUCUUAGUCCCGAAAAAGAAUCAGAGGAAGAAGCGACACCUGAAAAGGAGACAAAAUUACCUAGUCCAAUCAUGGAAAAAGAAAAUCUGCCUAUUGCUGAAGAACCAUUAGGAAAGGAAACAAGUCCACCAAAAGAGGUUCCUAAUCCUGAGAAAGAAUCAGAGAAAGAAGCGACAUCUGAAAAGGAGGCAAAAGCACCUACCCCAGUCAAGGACGUAAGCAAAUUGCAUGAAGCUAAAGAACAAUUGGUAAUGGAAUUAAGUCCACCGCAAGAGGUACUUAGUUCUGAAAAAGUGUCACCUGAAAAGGAGACAAAAUCACCUAGUUCAAUCACUGAUAAAGAAAAACUGCCUGUUGCUGAAGAACCAUUGGGCAAGAAAACAAGUGCAGCAAAAGAGGUUCUUAGUCCUGAGAAAGAAUCAGAGAAAGAAGCGACAUAUGAAAAGGAGGCAAAAGCACCUACCCCAGUCAAGGACGUAAGCAAAUUGCAUGAAGCUGAAAAACCAUUGGAAAAGGAACCAAGUCCACCCAAAGAGGCACUUAGUUAUGAAAAAGUGUCACCGGAAAAGGAGACAAAAUCACCUAGUCCAAUCACUGAUAAAGAAAAACUGCCUGUUGCUAAAGAACAAUUGGUAAUGGAACCAAGUCCACCGCAAGUAGUACUUAGUUCUGAAAAAAUAUCACCUGAAAAGGAGACAAAAUCACCUAGUCCAAUCACUGAUAAAGAAAAACUGCCUAAUGCUGAAGAACCAUUGGAAAAGGAACCAAGUCCACCAAAAGAGGUUCUUAGUCCCGAAAAAGAAUCAGAGGAAGAAGCGACACCUGAAAAGGAGACAAAAUCACCUAGUUCAAUCACUGAUAAAGAAAAACUGCCUGUUGCUGAAGAACCAUUGGGCAAGGAAACAAGUGCAGCAAAAGAGGUUCUUAGUCCUGAGAAAGAAUCAGAGAAAGAAGCGACACCUGAAAAGGAGGCAAAAGCACCUACCCCAGUCAAAGACGUUAGCAAAUUGCAUGAAGCUGAAAAACCAUUGGAAAAGGAGCCAAGGCCACCAAAAGAGGCACUUAGUUCUGAAAAAGUGUCACCGGAAAAGGAGACAAAAUCACCUAGUCCAAUCACUGAUAAAGAAAAACUGCCUGUUGCUAAAGAACAAUUGGUAAUGGAACCAAGUCCACCAAAAGAGGUUCUUAGUCCCGAAAAAGAAUUAGAGAAAGAAGCGACACCUGAAAAGGAGACAAAAUUACCUAGUCCAAUCAUGGAAAAAGAAAAUCUGCCUAUUGCUGAAGAACCAUUAGGAAAGGAAACAAGUCCACCAAAAGAGAUUCCUAGUCCUGAGAAAGAAUCAGAGAAAGAAGCGACACCUGAAAAGGAGGCAAUAGCACCUACCCCAGUCAAGGACUCUAGCAAAUUGCAUGAAGCUGAAAAACCUUUGGAAAAGGAACCAAGUCCACCGAAAGAGGCACUUCGUUCUGAAAAAGUGUCCCCGGAAAAGGAGACAAAAUCACCUAGUCCAAUCACUGAUAAAGAAAAACUGCCUGUUGCUAAAGAACAAUUGGUAAUGGAACCAAGUCCACCGCAAGAGGUACUUAGUUCUGAAAAAAUAUCACCUGAAAAGGAGACAAAAUCACCUAGUCCAAUCACUGAUAAAGAAAAACUGCCUAAUGCUGAAGAACCAUUGGAAAAGGAACCAAGUCCACCAAAAGAGGUUCUUAGUCCCGAAAAAGAAUCAGAGGAAGAAGCGACACCUGAAAAGGAGACAAAAUCACCUAGUUCAAUCACUGAUAAAGAAAAACUGCCUGUUGCUGAAGAACCAUUGGGCAAGGAAACAAGUGCAGCAAAAGAGGUUCUUAGUCCUGAGAAAGAAUCAGAGAAAGAAGCGACAUUUGAAAAGGAGGCAAAAGCACCUACCCCAGUCAAGGACGUAAGCAAAUUGCAUGAAGCUGAAAAACCAUUGGAAAAGGAGCCAAGGCCACCAAAAGAGGCACUUAGUUCUGAAAAAGUGUCACCGGAAAAGGAGACAAAAUCACCUAGUCCAAUCACUGAUAAAGAAAAACUGCCUGUUGCUAAAGAACAAUUGGUAAUGGAACCAAGUCCACCGCAAGAGGUACUUAGUUCUGAAAAAAUAUCACCUGAAAAGGAGACAAAAUCACCUAGUCCAAUCACUGAUAAAGAAAAACUGCCUAAUGCUGAAGAACCAUUGGAAAAGGAACCAAGUCCACCAAAAGAGGUUCUUAGUCCCGAAAAAGAAUCAGAGGAAGAAGCGACACCUGAAAAGGAGACAAAAUCACCUAGUUCAAUCACUGAUAAAGAAAAACUGCCUGUUGCUGAAGAACCAUUGGGCAAGGAAACAAGUGCAGCAAAAGAGGUUCUUAGUCCUGAGAAAGAAUCAGAGAAAGAAGCGACACCUGAAAAGGAGGCAAAAGCACCUACCCCAGUCAAAGACGUUAGCAAAUUGCAUGAAGCUGAAAAACCAUUGGUAAAGGAACCAAGUCCCCCCAAAGAGGCACUUAGUUCUGAAAAAGUGUCCCCGGAAAAGGAGACAAAAUCACCUAGUCCAAUCACUGAUAAAGAAAAACUGCCUGUUGCUAAAGAACAAUUGGUAAUGGAACCAAGUCCACCGCAAGAGGUACUUAGUUCUGAAAAAAUAUCACCUGAAAAGGAGACAAAAUCACCUAGUCCAAUCACUGAUAAAGAAAAACUGCCUGUUGCUGAAGAACCAUUGGAAAAGGAACCAAGACCACCAAAAGAGGUUCUUAGUCCCGAAAAAGAAUUAGAGAAAGAAGCGACACCUGAAAAGGAGACAAAAUUACCUAGUCCAAUCAUGGAAAAAGAAAAUCUGCCUAUUGCUGAAGAACCAUUAGGAAAGGAAACAAGUCCACCAAAAGAGAUUCCUAGUCCUGAGAAAGAAUCAGAGAAAGAAGCGACACCUGAAAAGGAGGCAAAAGCACCUACCCCAGUCAAGGACUCUAGCAAAUUGCAUGAAGCUGAAAAACCUUUGGAAACAGAACCAAGUCCACCGAAAGAGGCACUUCGUUCUGAAAAAGUGUCACCGAAGAAGGACAAACAAUUGGGAAAGGAACGAAGUCCACCGAAAGAGUUUCUUAGUCCUGAAAAAGAAUCAGAGAAAGAAGCGACACCUGAAAAGGAGACAAAAUCACCAAGUCCAUCAAAGGAUGUUCUUUUACCCGAAAAAUUAUCCUCUAAAGAGGUGGUUUUGACGGAAGCAUCCACAUUUUUAGAGAAAUCACAAGAUGAUAAAAUUCAUGGUCUAGAUAAUUUAGAAAAGAGAUCUGAAAAAGAAGAAAAUGAGUUUGAAGGUUUUGAGUUAUUCGAUGAUCCAGUUGAGGAGACCAAAAUAGAUACAAUUUCGAUAACAGAAAAUGGUAUCCCAGUAAAAAGAAAGUGCAUUGUAAAGAAAGUAACAAAAUGUUGUUAUAAUCAAUCAAAGGAAGUCAAACGGGUAAAAGUAACGGUUACUACGACCACUGAAGAUGAAUACCCUGACGGUAAUGUACGUAUUAAUACAAAUGAAGAAAUUUCAGUCGUCGAUGAAUUUUUCCAUACAAAAGUUUUGCUCGAAAAACUUAACGAACAGAAAGUGUCUACAAAGGAAGUAGAGAAAUAUCAAGAAAAAUAUAUCAAUGAAAAAGAAUCAGCUCAAUUAAAUGGACAUUAUUCAUCCGGAGAUUCCGCAAUUAAAAUAAGUCACCGUGAAACUGAAAUUUGCCAAAGUCGAGAUAUGAAUAUUAUUAAACCUAUAGAAAAACGCGAUGAACCAGAUCGAUUCCAUGAUUUAAAUAAAAUGGGUGGUUCCCAACAUCUGCCAUCACACAAAGAAACUCACGAUGAAAUUAACAGAAACUUAAGAACAUCCACUCAGACCAAAUCAGUCAUGGAUACAGAACAAAUGUUACACGAGGAAAGAACUCUUACAUCUCAAAAUGUAAGUGAUUUGAAGAAAACUACAGAUUCGAUAUCCAAAUGCGAUUUAGUUAAAAAUAUUACGUCUUUAUCAGAAGGGUACUAUGCUGAAGACAAAAAUGUAUCAAAAACAAUAGAUCAUAGUAGCUCAGAGGAUAUUUCAAAAGAAACAAGCUUAGAAGAAAAAUAUUCAUUUGAAAGAAGCGAGAAGAGUGAAAAGGAAUUAGUAAAAACAGUAAAAAAAUAUGAUGAAAUUGGCUCUACCAAAAUUGAUUCCAAAGCUUUUGAUUCAAGUUUCCCUUCGACUACUACAGCCAUUGAUUUUGAGUUAUCUAAAGAUGAUAUUAUAGUAUCAGAAGCUUCUGAUUCAGGAGUACAUAGUAUUUUGAAUGAGAAUGACGAGUUAAUUCCAGCUGUUAGCUCACAUUUGCCAACAGAUAAUGCAAAACAAUUGAUGUCUUCAAUUCAAAAAGCUUUUAGUGAAGAUAUGGUACAACAGGGAAUAAAAACAGAAAGUGUGGAGGCUUCUAUAGUAUGCCUUGACAUCGAAAGAGUAUCUACUCCUCCUACAGUUCCUGUCAGUCCAUUACCUAAAAUACCCAGUAAUUUCCAAGAUAUUAAAAUGAGUGACGGAGUUCAAAGUGAAGUUACGUAUGACAAAACCGAUGGUACCGAAGAAACUAUUACAAAAGUUGUACACGUUGGAGAUGACGUACUGACCCAAAAAAUAUCAACGUCUACUGAAAAAGUUCCCAAGUCAACAAAGUCUGACUACGAAAAAGAUGAAACCACUGAUCACUCAUCUUUGUUGGAAACAGUAGGAAAAAUUAAAACUGAAACCGAUACUGUGACAAAAAUAAUUAAAGAGGGUGAAAAUGUAGUAACGCAAACAAUAACUACAGUCACUACAAAAGAAGUUAUUUCUAGGGAAGAUGGAACACCACAAAAUGUUAAAACUACUAUUGAAACAACGACUUUGAGUAAAAGUACAGAUGGCUCUACAACUACUACCAAAGAUACUCAAACCCUUCUUUCAGAAUGCUCUUCUAGUCUUAAAUCUACCUCGUUAAUGGAUGUAUAUGCAAAAGACAGCAAAUUAGAUAAGUUGUACCUCGACAGCGACGAGAAAAUUGAUUCUAGCUCGCAGUUAAAAGAUGAAGAUGAAACAAUUACUCGUAUAGAUUACAUGUCAUUUAAAGAUAUUGCAAAGAUGAACCACGCUUUGCAAGGAGAUUAUUUUGUAGAUUCUGAUGAUUCUGAUGAUAAUAUUGAAGAUACAACUAUUAACACUGAUGUUAGUAAACGAAUAAUUAAAGAUAAUAAUAUUGAUAUUGUUGAAACUAUUACUACAAUCACCAAAACAGAAACUAUUCGUGUUGAUGAAGAUAAAAAAAUUAUAAAAACAACAAUAGAAACAAACACAGCAAAAGAGCGGCCAGAUGGGUUUCAAGAUGUUCAAAAAAAUGUAGAAGUCAAAACAGAAGAAGUGCUGGUUGAUUCUGGUGAUAGUGAUCUCGAAAAAAUCUUGUGUGAAUUUCUCUUGUAUGGAAAUCCUGAAAAAAGUUUUUCAUCUAAAUCAGAAGAAAUUAUUAUAGAUGGCAUCAUUGUUAAGAGAACAAUUCUCACCAAAACUAUUAAGACACAUUACGCCGAUAGUAAUGGGAAAGUACAAAAAAUUAAAACUGUAACUACUGUUACUACUACAGAUGAAUUUCCAGAUGGCUCAUCUCGUACUAAUAUUGAUUGUAGCACAAAUUUAACAGAUGUAGAUGAUACUGAUGUAAUUGAAACAACAACACUUACUGAUUAUACAAUUCUAGAGGACCAGACUGUUGACGUUUAUAAACAAGAAAAGAAUAUUAUUAUUGAUGGAAAAAACGUUCAUCAAGUAAUUAUAACAAAAGUAAUUACUGAAUUACUAGCCAAUAAAGAGCGAUCCAAGAAAAAAGUAAAAACGAAAACUAAAACCACCACUGAAUCAACAUUUCCCGACGGAAGGACUGAAGUCACUAAGGAGUCUAAGGUGACGAUUUCGGAUUACGGUCCUAACAUAAAGGAAGAUUUACCUGAAGGAUUUGAACCUUCAGAAGAGCCAAAAGUUGAGAUUAAUGAAGAAAUAGAAACUGUCACAGAAAAUGGUAUUACUAUUCGAAGAAAAACUAUUGUAACUGUCACUAAACAAGAAUAUCGUAAUGAUCUUAAAAAUUUAAAACGAAUUAAAAUAACAACGAAAACCGUAGUAGAAGAUGAGCAUCCCGAUGGAUCCGUUAUCACAAAGACUAGUGAAAAAAUUUCUACCAGUGAUGAAGUUUUAAACACCGGCUCAGUAGAACAAAAACACGAAGAAAUGGUUUCCGAGAAACCAAAACUUCACCCUGAAGAAGAUUGCAGCCACAUUGCAGAAGUGCUAAAAGAACUUGUUAUAUUCGGUGAUCCUGAAGAAAGUGAAACAAGCGAUGUUAAAGAGAUAAAACAUGAGGAACUAGUCAUAAAUAGGACCAUUAUUACGAAAAUAGUAAAAACAAAAUAUGCAGAUGACCAUGGCACGGUAAAAAAAAUACAAACUUUAACUACUAUUACUACAACAGAUAAAUAUCCAGAUGGUUCCUCACGUAUCAGUGUAGAGAAAAGACAAUCAAUUGAUGAUAUCGAUGAGAAAGGUUCAAGGCAACCCGAAGAACUUGUGGAAUUUUCUAUAUUAAUUGAUAAAAUUGUAGAUGUUGAUAAUCAACAGAAGACUGUUAUAAGGGAUGGCAAUAAAGUCAAUCAAAUAAUUAACAUAAUGACUACAAAAGAAGUAUUAGCUACGAAACAAAAAGACAAGAAAAUAGUGAAAACAACAACUGAAACUGUAACUGAAACUAAACUGCCAAAUGGAAUCACCGAGGUAACAAAAGACAUUAAAGUUGCUGUCACUGAUUAUAAUGACGAUUUAUUUGAUGAAAAUCUAAUAGGGUUCACACAAAUCGGGGAGCCAAAUAUUCAAACAAGUACUGAGAUGGAUGAACUUAUCGAAGAUGGUGUACCAAUUAAAAGGAAGAAAACGGUUAGCACUAUUAAAGAAGAAUAUGAAAAUACAAAAAUAAGAUCUAGGAAAGUUAAAACAACCAUCAAAACAACUAUUGAAGAUGAAUACCCUGAUGGGUCAGUUAUUACAAAGAAAAGUGAAAAAGUUUCUAUUGGUGAUUUUUUGCUUAAAUCUCCUUCCAUUCAAGAUGAAGUUACCGAAGUUUCAGAAUCAUAUAUUGGGGAAAGUGAAAUAGUCGAAGAUACCUCUGAGGAUUCUGUUAUUAAAAAUGAAAUAGUACAAAAAGGAAAUUUAGAAAUAAAACGCACAAUUACGACAAAAACUAAAAGAGAAAUUCUAGCAAGUUCUGAUAAAGAUAUUGAACGUACCAGAACUACAAUAGAAACAAUAACAGACGAUGAGUAUCCACAUGGCGUAAUAGAAACUACGAAAGAUAUAAAAAUUACUAUUUCAGAAUCACAGAAAACUUAUGACAGUGAUUUGCAAGCAGCUCUUUUAGGACUUAAACCCACUGGUAAAGUUAAAUCAUCAGUUGAUAAGAUGACAAAGGUUAUAUUUACAGAUGAUUCCAAAAAGAUAAAUCAAACAAUUACAACCUAUAUCAAUAAAGAAGAAAUGAUAAACAAUGAUAAUAAUCAAAUCGCUGUGAAAACCGUCACAGAAACCGUAACAGAAAAUGCAAAUGAAGAUGGUACUACACAGAUAAACAAUGAUAUAAGUACACAAGUUACUUAUCUUCCACAAGGUACGGGGUUGGAUGAUUGGUCUCCAGAAGAAUUGGAAGAAAUUGAAAAACAAUCAUUACUGCGGUGUGAUUCUGCAAAAGAUAAAAAAGAUGAAAAACGAGCAAUCAAUCAGUUAGAUUUAGAAAAGAAAGUUGAAUCACAAUCUGAUAGUGUAGGGAAAAAACGAUCUCCUGUUGGAGAAAUAACUACUGAAACUGAUACAUUUACUAAAGUAAUUAAAGAUGGUGACAGUGAAAUAACACAAACAAUUACAGUAGUUACAACAAAGGAAGUAAUAAGUCCUGAAAAAAUUAAAGUAACUGUGGAAACUACAACGGUGAGCAAGGGUAGCGAUGGUGUAACGAAAACAACGAAAUCCACUAAAACUACUAUUUCUGAAAUUAGAGAAGAAUUUGAAGAGAUAAUAGAUACGGGUGAAAGCGAAAAAUCUUUUUCCAAGCUCUCUUCCAAAACUGGUGAUUUCAGAAGUUCGUCUGCAGCCAGCGAUGAUUUAGAUCAUCCCGGCAUAUCGACACCACCGUCUGAUAUAAGUUCAAGAGAAUCACGAGCUGCUACGCACAUUUGGGGUACAGAAAGUAGUGGGGUGUAUUAUAGUGAUGAUGAUGGACAAGCCAGUCCAAGUAGUACGAAGUCUCAAAUAGCGCAUUCACCUAGAUCCAAUUUGAGUCUUGAAUUAGAUACAAAGUUGCCAUCACAUCGGGAAUCAAGUCAUGAAAUUUUAUCAGGCAAAUCGGUGCUUGACCCAAUGUCAACCUCAGUUUAUGGACAACUGCCCGAUGAUGAUUCCUAUACAUAUUCUACACAUUCUCCGGAGGGGACUGAAGUAUUUCUACUUACAGAAAAGCCACUAACAAAAAUGACCGGUGAUAUUUUGACACAAGAUAAAAUGAAACCUGAGUCAACAAAAGAUGAAAAGAAAACAAUGUCUGAUGCAUCAUUUUUAAAAGAAGCAGAUGAACACUUUGAAAAAGCAAUUGAAGAGCAUAAAAGGGUCAGUGGGUCUCAAGUAAUAUCGAGUGUUACAGGCAAAUAUAAAUUUGAUCAAGAAACCGAUGCUAGACGCCAAGAAUCGAAAAAAGAAGAAAGUUCUUUAAUGCUUCAGGAUGUUAAAGUAGAAUCAAAAAAAUAUCCUCAGGCAAGCUCUUGUACGAGUAAAAAAGAAUCUAAAUCAGAAAAGUCGGAACGCUCAGAAUUAUGCAGCCCUCUUCAAGAUCCAAUCGAAUCUUGGGGAAAGCCAUUAGGCUUACCAAGCCCUAUAUUACCACCACCUAAUCAAAACGAUGGUAAAAGUACACCUAAAAAGCAAUUAGGAAAUGUAACGGUAGCUAAUAAAAAUAAGCUUAAUCAAGAAAAGAGUAAAGAAGUAAAACGAGCUUCUGAAUCACCUAGUAAGAAAAAAGCUCCUGCCCCAAUAUAUAUGGAUUUAACAUAUGUUCCUCAUCAUGGAAAUUCAUACUAUUCUGCCGUCGAAUUCUUUAAAAGAGUCCGCGCACGUUAUUAUGUAUUUUCGGGUACUGAACCAUCAAAAGAAAUUUACAACGCGCUUCUCGAUGCCAAGAAGACAUGGGAAAAUAAAGAUUUAGAAGUAACUAUUAUUCCUACGUACGACACUGACGUUCUUGGCUACUGGGUCACUGAGAACGAGGAAGCCCUGGAAAAAUACAAAAUCGACCUGUCACCUUCGGCUUCCCGCUGCACUAUCAACUUGCAAGAUCACGAAACAUCCUGCGCGGCGUAUAGGCUCGAGUUCUAGGUGUCGGGUCUAUUUGUAGCCUUCUCAUCGAAGAAGUAAAGUCCUUUUGUGUAAAACUAACUACUUUUGAAUGGGGAACCAAGGAGUCAGUUAUUUGUUGUGGGAAGUUUAGGCUGUGAUAGAGAAGCGAGUAUUCAAAAGUAAUUAGGUAUGUAGGACACUUUUCCGCAUGAGAUCGUUUGCAAAUAGAGGCAGUAAAAGACUUUGUGAUAUUUGACUGCAAUGGAACAGACUGCUGUGGAGUUCACCGAAACUACUCGUAGAUUUAAUGACAAGUGUAAAAGUGACAAGUGUUAUAACGACGGUCCAUCGUCGGCUGAACCGACGGAGUCCUUAAGCGUCAACCAAAAAUACUCGACCUAAGAACAAAAACGUCCAUUUUUUUCUAAAACUGUUUUCUAGUAGCGUCAUUGACAAAAAAUAGAACAUGCCAUUAAAAUAUUUUUCUGACAGUAUUUUUGAAUUUGGUCUUAUACAAUCAGUAGUGCUUUUAUACACAACUUUUAGCGAAACCAGUCCAUUUUGUUUAGCCAAAACACUGCUUGUGCGAAAAUCUAAAUUUUUAAAAAAAGUUAUUUUGCUAAUGUAUCGACUUCUAGAUAGACCGUAUUGUUAUACGAGUAAGUAUUCUUCUUGCAAACAAGGCUAAUCAUUCUUUCAGCGGAUCGCUUUAUAAAAGGACGUAAAUAUUUUAAAUUUAAGUCCAAAUACUGAUUUAUAGACGAUAUUUUCAAGGACGAGCGAUAAAUUUCAUCUAAAUUACACAAAUAAUUUUGUAAUAUACGAUUGAAGUUUAAAAAAUACAUAGAUAUUUAAAUAAUUGUCUUAAAAAGACGCUUAUGAACGUCAAACGACUAGCUAGUGCACGUGGCACUACUUGCAUGCAUCAUUAUUAAUUGUAUUGACGUCAUUCUGUUCUAUACUCCUCUAGAAAGGCAAAAAGUUAUAAACGUUAGCUACCUGUUCCUCGCACCAUGGCACAAGGAAUUCCAACGAUUGAAAAAUAAUAAAAUUCCUCAAAAGUUUAUUUUUUCAAUCAAAGGUCACUUGUGUUUAUUGGACCACUAGUUCAUAAUGGACCAAAUUAUUAUUUCUUGAAUGUUAAAGAAAACCUUUUUGCUGCAUAACGUAUAUGGAAAUAAUUGAAAAGUGCCUGUAUUUAAUUAUUUCCAUAUGUUUAUGCUCGAAUGUGUUAUUUUAUUUGAAUGCUACCAAACGAUGGUCAACAUAAAUAAAAGUUUUUUUGUCUUUCUAGAUAACCGAUCAGCCUAAGACGAUAGAGAGCUUACUCCAUAUUGAAUAAAUGUUUUAUUAGAAUUAUGAAUACAAAUAAAACGAUAUAUUUACCUUUGUUUUGAGUUGAAAUCUGCUUGUUGCGUCGAUGACUAUGAUAUAGUUUAAGUGGGUGUUAUUUAAAUUUAACUCAUUCAUGUACUGACACGAAAUGCAAACAGAAUCUCUGAUUUAUAAAUCGUUUUUGGCAUCAGUUAUAUUUUUGAUCUAUGUUCAUGGAAUAUAGUUAAAAUUUCUAGUCGAGUCAAACCCAAAUACCAAUGAACACGUAGUAGUAUUAUAUGUUCCUAUUUGAAUUGAUUUAUAGUAUUUGUCUGUUGUUUUCAAUUUAAUGUAACUACUUACCUACGUGUAGUUUAUAGACUUCCCUUUUAGAAGAAUAUUUGUUUAAAACUUACUAUACUGUUACAUUCAAAUUGUGUGAGAGAAUGUGAUAUUAAUAAAAAUCAUCAAAUUGUACCAUCUAGUCUAGUGUAUUAGGCUGUAAGAGACCUUUACUGGAAUAAAUAUAAACUUUCCUCCUUUCAUUGUUUGCCAAUUCAAGUGAAGAUUUUGAGUCAAUUAAUUUUAAGUCAUCCAUAGUGUUAAGCCGAACUUAAGCCACUCGUCUGUCAUCGCUUUCUUUGCCAAACUUUUCUAACUAUAUAGUAGUUAAAAUAGUGAAAACGAAUCUGAGUAAUUGAUGGCACCAGCACAACGUAACGACAUAAAGUAAUUAAUGCAUUAAAAGAUUCAUAACAUAUAUUGUAUACUAUAAUAAUAUAUUUAUUUUGUAUUGUAACAAUAUUGUGGUGUAUGAAUGUGAAUUUAUUUGAUAGUUAUAUGGAUAUUAUUAAUGAUAUUGAAAUAUGUUAAUUGUGUGUUGGUUGGUGUGAGCACAAUAUAUAUUUUCUUCUGUUUCCGGUUAUGUGAAAUGCUUUUACCAGUUGUGAGUGGGACUAAACAGGGAGAUGAAUGGUUAAGAUUUAAAUGAGGCCCGUCGCCGCUGCACCCUCGGGAGGUCACGCCCUGGCUUGUGUUCUGUUGGCCGCCGACCCCCUGCUGGAAAUGACUUUUGGCUUCCGCUUCUCGCACCCGGCAUUAAGACGCGCUCAGCUGUAAUAUAGUUCUAUGGCGUCUUCCGACUUAACAAUUAUGUGUUCAGUACUCCAGAUUCCGCUAUAGCUUCUCGAUAUCUGCCGAGAGUGCAACGGCCGCGGACUUAGCUUUUUGAGUGUUAGGGGUUUUUCAUUGGCUUUCUCCUCUUAAGCCAGCUACCACCAUUCAGCUGGCUGUAAGCCGGACCCAAAAGUUUACUAUUGUAUUUUAUAGCUAGAACUCUAAUUAAUGCAUAUUAUAUUAGGAAUAUUAAAAAUGUUAUUAAAAUAAGAAUUGUAUCAGCUUAGUGAACAUCAAUAGCUCUGAGAAAUAAAUCAUUAUUAAAAUUAUUAAAUGUUGUAUUCUUGCAGUAUUCACGCUUGCUGGAUUUAUCUUCAGCCAGAUUAAUUACUAUAAGAGUCUAAAAUAUUUUCUAUAUUACAAUAUGCAAAGCGUUUUUGAUUAUUCCGAUAAAACUUUGCCUCUUUUAUUUUUUUUAUUCCUUUUAAAAGUUCUAUUAUAAUUUUCAUUUAGCUUAUGUGUAAACGAAUUAAUUGUAUUUAUUGUUCGAUAUCUAUUAAUUAUGACAUUAAUUUCGUUUUGAAAUGUGAAUGUAUACUCAGGCUAUUUGAUAACCUUAAAGAGAGUUAUGGAUUGUAGUAGAUGGAUAUUCAAGUUUGAAUAGGCUUUGGUGCUAAUAACAGCUAUGCUGGGUGGAUAUGCUGUAUUGUUUUGAUUAUAUAUUUCCUAAAUAACCAAGAAGACUACAGUUUUGUGCAAGCUGAAUGAUAAUUAAGUUUUUAUCAAUAAUUAUCAUAGUCUUAGCUUAUUUCGGGAAUAGCACAUGUGUAACACGCUUAAUGGUUGGGGACUGACUCGCGUUUAUAUUUAGAGCGGAUAUUUAAUUUAACAAUAUAUCUUUCAGAUAUGUAAUUGUAUCAGUUAUUAUACAAUAAGUGUUUAAAAGAAAUAUUAAACGCCUGAAUAAACAUUGCGAAUAAUAUGAGUUGAAUCAUGUUGCUAUUAUAAUAUACAGAGGCGCUAUUUGGUCAGGAACUGUCAAGUUUGAUAUCAUUUAGAAGUCGAGAUUGUGUGCAAACAGCGGUCAAAAUCUUCGAAAAGGAAUACAUUAAUUCAAGUAAACAAACUUUGAUGUUAUUUGCUUGUGACAGAAAGAGACACUUUUACUAACUAGUACUAACUGUAAAACAUCUUCUCUAUAUUCUUUAUAACAACUACAUUAGUUGUAGUUUACAUAGGAAUGUAGUUGAUGGAAUCAAAUUUGACUCCUGAUCUGGGCCAGAACUUACGUAUGUAUUUAAUGUACAUUUAUAUAUCUGCUAUAUUAAUCAAUAUUCAAGCGUUUGAUAAUUUCAAUAAUGAUAUUAAUCCUCACUUGGAUGUUUUAGGUAUUUGUAACGAUUUCUGUAUUAUUGUAAAAGGAUAUAAUAUAAUGACCACUCAUUGUAUCAGUCAUGUCGCUAUUCUCCAUUCAGCGUGUUUGGUGAGGUGUUAGGA